UUAAGCGUUUAAUUGAAUACCGAACGGAUUGAUGUUAAGCUGGACUCGGAGUUUGUUAAGGCCUCCCGCAUUUAAGUGCUUUUGAAAUGAAAUUUAAAACCGACGGUCAUUAACAGCAAAUAGUUGUAAUUCUAAUUUUUCAUUCUAAUGAAAAGGAAUAAGAAAUUGUGCAUCAAGUUCUGUGUUUUUAUGUGAAAACAAAAAUAAAAAUCAAUUGUUAAUAUUAUUAAAACUAAAAAAUUGAAAAUAAUACAAUGAAAGAUCAUCCAGAACAAAUGGAUAACGAAGUUACUCCCACGACACAUUUAGUUGAGCCAAGAGCUGAAACUGCAACCACCGACGGUCCGUUGCCAACAACAGUUAUUGUAAAAACAUACGAUUCGGAUACGGAAAACGAAAAACCAGUACUUCUAGAAUUGGGAACAACUUCGGUUAACGCACACUCACACACUGUUUCCAAUUCGCAGAUAUCUGUUCCGACGACUUACGCAGAAGAAUAUCCUUUAGAUAUGCAUUUAAAUAGCUACGCCAUAACUGCACAACAUUCUACAUAUCCGAAUUCAGCUGACAGCGGUCCUAUGAAUAACUUAUAUACCUCGAUGCACUGUAACAAUUCUUACAUGGAUCCAAUAUCAAUACCACCACCAACACUGCAACCCUUGUCAACACCCUUACAUUCUAUGCCUGGAUCCAUGACCGGUCCAACAUAUACCGGCCAUAUACCACAUACGGUUCACACUUGGGCCACCGGAACAUCCGUAACAAAUGUUCGCUUAGAGGAUAAUAUGAAUACAGAUACAGGUCCCGAAACAGUACCAGCACCAAUUUAUAUGUCCUACAAUCAUAUUCACGAGCAUCCGAUCAGCACGGAGGUCAAUCGUUCUUGGAAAGAGAAAGCAUUACAAAGUGAAAAAGACUACAAAAAAACUGCCUGCGACCGAGAACGAACACGAAUGCGAGACAUGAAUCGAGCAUUCGAUCUGCUGCGUUCCAAAUUGCCAAUAUCCAAGUCCAAUGGUAAAAAAUAUUCAAAAAUUGAAAGUUUACGAAUAGCCAUAAAUUACAUAAAUUAUUUGCAACAAUAUGUAAAAGCCACCGACCCGUUGCCACCACAAAGUGCUGUGGAUUACCUGACCGAAUUAAGUUUACGACGUCGUUCUAACGCCCACCGCUAUGACAAUCACAAGUCUGUGUCGCCGUCCUAUGAUGAUCUCAAUGAGAAGGACGCACUCGAAGAGUCUCAUCACAGCGCAUGGAAUGACAGCUAUUUGUCAAAUAAUUCAAGCCACGACAAAUGGGACUGACAUUAAAAUGCAACCUCGCCAUAAGUAGUGCAUUGAUUAAAUACCAAAGAAAUGUGGUUCAUGCUGGGAUCAGAAGCUUCCUGUUUAUUAAAACGUAAUUAUUUAUAAAGUCUUAUAUAUAAGACCAAGAACAGAUGACUAGCAUGUUUGCUAUAAGAAUACAUUAUUGUGAUUUGAUUCACAAUGAAAAUCGUUAAAUUUUAGUUUAAAGUGCCAA